UGUGAGCAAUUAACAAGAGUGCAGAGGGAAGAAAAUGUUCAAGUUCAGUCUAAGCAUCCCUUUCAAUAUCAAAUUGCUAUGGGACAAAUGGAACAUCCGGGGUUCUAUUUUGUUCAGUCUCUGGUUGCAGGUCAUAUUGAUUUUCGUAGCCCCAAUCCGAAAAUCCGCCAGGAAGAAACUCGUCAUCACCCUCAUUUGGCUGGCAUACUUGCUGGCCGACGCAGCCGCCAAUUUUGCCGUCGGUCUCAUCUCCAACAGCCAACGCAACCCUGAUAAAAACUCCGAUCCAAAGCUGACGCAGAACGGUGAUCUGCUAGCAUUCUGGGCGCCAUUCCUCUUGUUGCACCUCGGUGGCCCCGACACCAUCACUGCUUUUGCUCUCGAAGAUAAUCAGCUUUGGCAAAGGCAUCUGCUCGGCCUUGUUUUUCAAGCUGGUGCUGUUAUCUAUGUCUUCUUCCAGUCACUUCCCAAUCACAAGUUAAUGUUCCCCACGGUGCUCAUGUUUUUUGCGGGGAUCAUCAAGUACGGGGAGCGGACUCUGGCUUUGUACCGUGCGAGCUUGGACAAAUUUCGUGAUUCGAUGCUUAAGAAACCGGAUCCUGGUCCUAAUUACGCGAAGCUCAUGGAGGAAUACGCGUUCAAGAGAUCGGCAGAGCUUCCGACGACGAUUACUAUGACACCAGAGCCUGACAAAGAGACCAGGGCUUCUGACACUCCACCAAAGGAGGGUGACUUGAAUCAUUUGGAAGUAGUGCACUAUGCUUAUCACUUCUUCCGGACAUUCAGGGGACUCAUCGUCGAUCUCAUCUUCAGCUUCCGUGAGCGCGACGAGAGUCGCGACUUCUUCACCAGGAGAUCCGCUGAAGAUGCUCUUAGGGUAAUCGAGGUCGAGCUCAACUUCAUUUAUGGUAGUCUCUAUACCAAGCUAGAAGUUGUGUAUUCUGGGCUUGGAUUUUCUAGUAGGUUCCUUGCUUUUGGGUUCACUUUGGCAACACUUGGACUCUUCUAUUUCAAAACAAAAGAUGACUUCCGUGGAGUCGAUGUUGGAAUCACCUACACUUUGCUCCUUGGUGCCAUUGCCCUUGAUGUAAUAGCCCUCCUCACCAUCAUUUUCUCGGACAGGACUUUUACUCAAAUAAAGAACCCUGAACGUCCUAGUCCUAAAGCUUUGCCAGCGGCAUUCGUCUUCAAAACUUUCCUUGCCCUCAAGAAACCAUGGUGGUAUCCGUGUAAAUGUACGUCGGGUUGCCGGCAACAUGUGUUGGCCACUCCCCUUGCGUUCCGAAGGUGGUCCGGAUCCAUCUCAUCUCACAACUUAAUAAGGUAUUGUCUCGAAAGCAAAAAGGAAAGCAUCCAUGAAUUCCCAAGUUUGAGUCGAAUCGUGUGUGAGUAUAUAUUUGAUUUGUUGGGGCUCAAAAAUGUUUUUCAUUGUCUUACCAAAAUCUGCGAAGUCAUUGGUAAAAACUUAGGGGAUAUCAAAGAAAAGUUAAAAAUUCUCCGUCAGCCCUUCAUCAUGUUCUUGAGACUUUUCAUGGAGGAUACUGUGGAUGAGUUUUUGUUCGUGUCCCGUGAGCCAUUCACUAAGGAUCUAUGGGAAUUCAUCUUCGAGGAGCUAAAGAAGAAAUCCGAGUUUGCGGAUACUCCGGAAACGGCAAAGCGGAUAUCGUCGGCUAGAGGCGAUUGGGCCUUGACGGAUUCGGACGGUGAUCAUAACAACUUACUCAAGUACGUGAGUGAUGUUCCGUAUGAUGAAAGCAUCCUCUUGUGGCACAUUGCCACCGAUCUAUGCUACCACGCUGAAAAGGAAAACGGUGAUAACAGCGCUGAAAAGAAAAAUGGUGGUUACAGGGUUAAACUUCGGCAUUUCAGCAAAACUCUAUCGGAUUACAUGCUAUAUCUUCUAGUAUUUCAGCCAACCAUGAUGUCUGCCGUGGCCGGUAUCGCGAAGAUAAGAUUUGGAGACACAUGUGAAGAGGCCAAAAGAUUCUUCAAGAGUCGGAGUUUACGUCCGAAUGAAGACAAGAAGGCUUGCGAACAGAUAUUGUCGGUGAAUACGGAUGUCGGACCGGAGGAAGUGAAGGGAGACCGAAGUAAAUCGGUGUUGUUCAGUGCUAGUAUACUGGCCAAAGAGCUGGAAAGGGAAGAUGAUCCCGAGAAAAAAUGGAUGAUAAUGAGCAGAGUGUGGGUGGAAUUAGUGUCGUAUGCGGCGAGUCAUUGCCGAGCAAAUACACAUGCUGCGGAGGUAAGCAAAGGUGGGCAGCUGAUCACUUUCUUUUGGUUGUUGAUGGCUCAGUUCGGUCUGGGGGAGCAGUUCCAGAUCAACGAAGGACAUGCGAGAGCCAAACUGAACGUGGGGAAGUAAAUGAACUCGACAAUCUCAUCAGCUGCUGUUGUUUGUUUAGCAAGAAAUAAGUGUGGUGUGGUUAAUUAGCUUGUUUGAUUUAUUAUUUUGUUGUAAU